AUGGCCAGCCGACUGGAAGAGGUGCUGCAGGCGGCGGCAGGCGGGAAGACUCGCGAUGUGAACGCAGCGCUGGGGGGUGACGGCGGGAAGGCGUUGGUGACGGCGGCGACGGCGAGCGGAACAACUCUACUGCAUGUGGCGGCGGCGGCUGGCUCGCUGGCAACGCUCACGGUUGUGCUUCGGGCUAUCAAAGCGGCAGCAGACAAGGUGGCGCUUACAGAGGGUGAACGGGCAGCUGCGUCGUUCCUGCGUAUGCGCUUUGGCGCUUCCGUCGUCGACACAGGCCUCACGCCCAUGCACGAGGCCGUACUCCGUGGGCACACCCUCCUCAUCCACUCGUUGGUCGAGGCGGACGGUGCAAUGUUCGACGUUCCUGAUGCCCGUGGGUGGACGCCGCUACACUAUGCCGCGCAUCUCGACCUUCCCGAGGCCGCCCAAGCCCUGCUCGACGCAGGUGCCAAGGCGACGUCGGCCGACCCGGCCGGCCUCACUCCGCUGCAUCUGGCCGCCAUGGCCGACGCCUUUAUAGUCGCCAAGCUCUUGGUCCAGCACGGCGCAGACGUCGAAGCGCUGGCCUCGCCUCAAGAGCAGAACUCACCGUUGCUGAUGGCAACCGCACACGGCGCCGCGUCGGCCGCAGCCUACCUGCUCUCCAUUGGCGCGCACCACACCACGCCCAACGCCAAAGGUCUUACACCGGCCACAGUUGCCAAGACCAAGCUGGUCAAGAAGUUGCUCCGAGCCGACCAUGCAGCCAAGAUUGUGAGCGAGCGCGCCGCCGUCGCGACUGGCCUCGCCGCCCUGUGCGUCGGCCAGCUUGCGCUGCCGGCCUUCCGCGAGCUUGUGGCGGCGUACAACAAGUUCAUCGAGUCUCUCGAGGCCACACUAGGGGUUGCGCAGCGCGUGUCAGCCAGCUCUUCAGCCAGCUCAUCGGCCAGUUUGUCCGCCAGCAGCUUGUCAAGCUCUUCAUCGAGCUCUGGCGGCAGCAGCGGCCUCGCACGGCAAAGCUCCGGCGCGCAGGCUGAAGCCGGCCUAGGCGCUGCGCUCGCACUCGACUUUAACCAUCCUGUCUUCCUUCCAACGGACACAAGCUUGUCCGGCGCGCCGGCGUCGUACGAGCCGACGAGCGUGCCGCUCCCGCCGUUGUAUGCGGCGGUGGCGUGUGCGCAGACGAGCGCAGUCCGAUUCUUGCUCGACAACGCCGCUUCGCCAGCGCUCAAGGCGCCAUGGGGCGAGCCAGUCCUCGCGGCAGCAGCGCGCACAGGAGUCAAGUACAUCCUCUCCGCGCUCACCAACGCCGACGCGCCCGACCUGCACGAGCAGCUGGACGCCGACGGGCGCAGCCCGCUGUGGGCCGCGCUGGAGCUGGAGGAGAUGGCGGCCAUCUCGGCUGUGGAGCUGCUUACCGAGGCCGGCGUCGACGUCGACGUCCGCGCAACCAAGAGCCGCGAGAGCGUUCUCUUUGCCGCCGUCCGCAAGGGCUUCCUUGAAGUCACCAUCCAUCUUCUCACCGUCGGCGCUGACCCCAACGCGUCGUCGGUCACCGGCCUCACCGCCCUUCACCUCGCGGCCAAGCACAACUGGUUCUCGGUGGCGCGCGUCCUCAUCGACGCCGGCGCCAACGUCAACGCGCUCGACACUGACCACAACUCGCCGCUGCACCUUGCCGCACUACACGGCGCACUCGAGACCGCCCACAUCCUUGUCGAAGCUGGCGCUCGCACCUCUGAGCAGACCCGCGCACUGUUCACUCCUCUCCACGCCGCCGCUGCCGUCGGCGACGUCGAAAUGGCGCAGAUGCUCCUCGACGCCGGCGCCGACCUCGGCCGUAUGAACUCGUCGGGCGAGACCGCCGUCGACGUCGCGACACAGCGUGGGCACUCGCUCUUUGUCCUCACCUUUCGCGGGCAGCAAGUGGCGCAGUCGGCGUCGCCGACAGCGUCGCCGGCCUCGCUCCCUCCUCGCCCGCCAAGCUCGCCUGGCUUGCCGCGAAGCGAGUCGGCGACCGCGUCGCGCCCGGCGCUCGGCGCGGUCGAGCAUGUCGAUCUCGACGCGCUCGCCCGGACUCCGCGCGGCUCGCGGCUUGCCAUGGCUGUCUUUACGCAGGACGAAGCCAUCAGGUGGGUCCGUGCCGCUAUUGCUGACUGGGCACCGGCGUACUCGGUGGCGGUGAUGCAGAGCCCGGAGCGAGUCGCCGAAGUCGCCCGCGCCUCGGCCUCGCAUCCCAGCUCACCGGCGCUCUACGUCACCGCCAUGUUCUCCAAGCCAACUCCGCAGCGCCCGGUCCCGCUCGCCGCCGUCUCGGUCCACUUUGUCCUCCACAACCCAGAACGCUCCACCCAGAGCGAGUUGGUGCGGACCAUUGACGGAACACCGCGAUUCCAGCAGGCAUGGCUCGACAUGCUCAUGGAGGCCAAGGCUCGAGUUCAUGCUCUCUACACCCACAUCUAG